AUAAAGUAUAUGGCAGAGAAAAGAACUUAUUUUGAGAGAGGUUGGUGGUUGAUAGUAUUCUCAGUCUGCUUGUCCUUCUGUGGCUAUUUCAUAACGAUGGUCUAUCAAAAAUGGGAAAACAGUCCCGUCAUUGUAAGUUUUGCCACGCGUGAAACCCCUAUUCACGAAAUACCGUUCCCGGCAGUGACUAUUUGUCCAGAAAUUAAAGCCAUCAAAGAAAUGUACGAUCAUUCAAAAAUGGUGGUGAAGUUAAAGAAAAAAGAACGCUUAACCAAAGAUGAAUAUGAAUCGACUUCAUUUAUGAAUCUACUUUGUGAUGUUAAUUUAACGGAACACUUGUUCAGAUAUGAAAACGAUUCAGAAUUUAGUUAUUUUAACAAUUAUUUAUACUCUGACAAUAAGUUUUAUGAUUUUAUGUUUGAUGUUGCACCGAACAUUUUUGGCAAUUUUAUGGCAUGCAAAUGGAUGAAUAAAUUUCAAGAUUGCGAUGAUAUGUUCAGUUUAAUCCUCACCGAUGAAGGCCUUUGUGCCACAUUCAACAUGAUAGACAAAUCAGAAAUUUAUAGCAGCGACGUCUUUUUGCCAGAAAUUCCAUUUCCUUUUAACUCACCUCCAACAAAUAUUACAUGGAGCCUAGAUAAAGGCUACGGAACCUACGAAAACAUCAACACCUAUCCACGUAGAGCCUUAUUUUCAGGGGCAAAAAACUCCCUGUCAAUAUUCUUUCAGGAAUUCAAGGCCAAUGCAGAUUCAACUUGUAAAAUGUCCCUGCAAGGCUUCAAAGUAAUUUUACAUACACCUACAAGGGUACCGAGACCUAGUCAGCAAUACAUUAGAUUGCCAUUGAAUGAAGUUGUAGUGGCGGCAGUGCAACCUGUUAUGAUAACGACCUCAAAAACAGUUAAAUCUUUCAAAGCUGAAAUCAGAGAGUGUUAUUUUGAAAGUGAAAAAGUCUUAAGAUUUUUCAAGGCUUAUACCCAGAGGAAUUGUCAAUUGGAAUGUUUGACCAAUUUCACUUUGUAUUGGUGUGAUUGUGUUGGAUUUUAUAUGCCAAAGUAGACAACGCACACUCUCGCUACGCGACCCGUACAAAUUCGUGUCGUAUCGGACGGUUCGGUCAAUACAACGAAACUGCCCCUAUUUUACUGCCCUAAGAAGCUACAGAGUACUCUGCUACAGUCAACACGCUUCAGUUUGGACCAGUACCCAGAGAACCAACAGAAACCCUUUUCAAAGGAACCAAUAACACACCCAUUUGUGGUAGUUUUAAUAAGCCUUGCAUGGAAGAAGCAGAAGAAGUGUUACAAAUGGGCAAUUUGAGACACGUUUUGGGCUUGAAGCGGAGCACUCGGAAAAAUUUUAAUUCCAGCGAGGAAUCUAUUAUCGAAGAGAAGUCAGAAUGUGAUUGUUUGCCUCUUUGCACCGACUUACACUACAACGUUGAAACUUCUGCCUCUUCUUGGGACUGGAAAAAUUUUGUGGAAGCCUUAAUGGAAAAUGAAACAUAUAUUGAUGAAAUGCUCAGAGAAACUGGAAUGACAAUGUCCAAUUUGGUAAUUUACUUCAAGAACAACCAAUUCGUGACAUCUAGAAGACACGAACUCUAUGGCCCGUUCGAUUUUUUGGCCAAUUUCGGUGGCUUAUUAGGCCUAUUUACAGGGUUUUCCAUUUUAUCUUUAAUGGAAAUAAUUUAUUUUUUAACUAUCAGGAUAAUUUGCAAUUUUAAAUUGUACGGGAACUGGUCGGGAAAACAAAUAAAAGACUAAAACAACAUAUGUUUCUAAAAUAUAAAUUUAGAUGUUUAAGCUUUUAGGUAUAGGUAUACUUAUUAUCCAACAAUUAAAUCUUAUUGACCAUAGAAAAUAUUUAUAAAAAAAUUGAGCUCGCAUCUUCAUCUCAAAAAUUAGUCCACCCAACAAUCGUUUUAGUUUGUUUAUGCACGAUCAGGCGGGAAAUUCAACAAAUGCGGGCGGUAAGUUCAUCUGCCUGCUUGUAGCCAUCUCGAUAACCCAAACCAGCUACUAUUCUAACAGCCCUUCUCUGAAUGGAGAAAACCCUUUGUGCUUCAUUUGCAUGACCCCAUAUUAGCAAAGCGUAGCCUAUAUGUGAGUUCAGCAAAGAAAAGUAUGUCUGUUUUGUAACUCUAGAUGAGACACAUCUUACCAAAUUUCUCAAUAAAAAUGUGUUUUUGCAAAGCCUAUUUGAAAUUAUUCCAGUGUGUACAUUCCAAAGAAGUUUUUGGUCAAGGUGCACUCCUAAGAAUUUUACACUGUUGGUCAUGGGUUCUAUAUUUUUUAGAGAAAAAGUAUAGUUUUGGGUUUUAGAUUCAUUCAAAAAGAGCUUGUUAGUUGCAAACCAUUACCUAGCCCUCAACUGUGCCUCCCCCAACAUACGGACAGCUAUUGGUAGAUCUGGAUGUUGAACUUGACCUGUGAUCGUCUUCAAAUUUUACAUACCUUUCGAACUCCGCUAUUUUGGGUAGAUCAUUAAUACAGAUUAGGAAUAGAAUAGGACCCACAAUUGAGCCCUGUGGACGCCUAUGUUCAUUUCUUGCUUGCUCGAAUUAAUGUCAUUAUAGUUUACAAUUUGAGAUCGUUUAGUCAGAUAGGAUUUUAUUAGAUCCACACUGGCGUUCUAAAAAUUGUAAAAAGGCAGUUUUUUAAGCAGAAUGUCGUGCGAGACACUGUCAAAAGCUUUGCUCAGGUCACAGAAGGUGGUAACUGUGUAAUGAGAGGUCUCAAACCCUUCCAUUAUACCUUCUACCAAUUUUAAUAUUGCCAAAGUUGUAUUCUUGUCUCCUCUAAAGCCAAACUGACUAUUACUAAGUAGGUCAUUUUGCUCUAGGUAACUGGAUAUUUGUAUAGCUAUGCAUUUUUCAAGAAUCUUAGAUAAAACUGGCAAGAGUGAGAUCGGUCUGUAGUUGCCUGAAUCAUUUGGAUCUCCUUUUUUCAAUAUUACUAUUACUUUUGCUGUUUUUAGACAAUUGGGAAAGGUUUUCUCUUUAAUGCAAUGAUUUAUUAAUUUUGUAAGAGGUAUUAUUAGGAGAUUUUUGACUGAUUUUAUUAGGGUUAUAUUCAAGUUGAAAAUAUCCUUGCUUGUUUUGUUUUUAAGCUGGUCAAUCACAUCACGUACUUCGUUAAAUGAGAGGUCCUUAAAGGAAAAGGAUUGAUUGUUUGCAUAAAUUUUAAGUAAAUUCAAAAUGGAGUCUAAAUCUUCUUCUUCUAUUGUGUUCUAGAGAUCCACAUCUAUCUUUACAAAAAAAAUAUUAAAAUCUUGUGCAGUCAAUGUUGUUUGGUCAUUUUUUGUAGGUUUUGUUUUACCACGAUACUCAUUAAUUAUUUCCCACAUGCAUCUAAUUGGGUUGGUAGAAUUUUUUUAUUUUAGUUUCAUUGCACUGAAUUUUUUAUAGCUUUUUUGUAGCUUUGACGGAGAUCUUUUAUAUAUUCCUUAAGCUAAUUUGUUGGAUGGAGUUUAAAGAUGUCAUUUAGGUACUGAAGGUGUUCUCUCAUAUUUUUUAGGUCAUUAUUAAACCAAUCAAUGUUAUUUGUUUGAUUUGCUUUUACUUAUAUUUUUUUUUGGGAACGACUCAUAAUAUGCCAACUCAAUUAACUGCACAAGGUUCUGAAACUUUACCUCUACAGAAGUAGGAGAGUCUAUAAAUCUAAAAUCAAUUUCAGAAAUUUUUUGAUAAAAUAUGUUUUUUCCAACCAUGGACGGACACACCUUUUUUGAGUAUUUUUGAUUACUUUUUUGAGAAGGACAAUUUAACGAGACAAGUUGCACAUCGUGAUCUGAUUUUCCUGGCUUUACAAUGCAAGCAAGGUAUUCAGUUUCUGAAAAAUUUAUAAAAAUAUUAUCCAGACAGUUGUUACCGCGGGUAGGUUCAAAAAUCGUCUGGACUAAUCCAUACGACUCUUUACCUACAUGUUUUUCCAUUUGUACAGAAUUUUACAUUAAAAUCACCUGCAAGAACUAUUUUAUUAUGUGUAUCCAGUUUAUUUGAAAUUUUAUCAAGAUUGUUUAAAAAGAUGUCAAAAUCUCCCCCAGGAGACCUAUAUACUGAUAGUAUUACUAUGUUAUAUUUAUAUGAUCUUACUCCACAAACUUCAAUACAUUUUUCCACAUUCAGCUCCCUAAUAUCUGUCAACUCUUUAUAAAUAGUGCCCUUUUCAAGAUGCUGCCACUUCCAAGUUGCCAAUCUUCAGAAAGUUUAUUUCAUCAUCUUUCAAAAAAUGCUCAGUUACACACAUUAUACCAAUGGCUUUAUCGACGAUAAAUGCUUCCAGUUCAUCUGUGAUGUCUCGGAUGGAUUGGGUAUUAAGGUGGAGCACAGAGAGCUUCUCCUCACUAUUUGUAGAGUCUGGUAUGGCUCUAUUGUUGGCUAAUUUGCCCGUGUCUUUGGGCUUCGUCAGACAUGGGUAAAAUGGUUCACCAUGAUGCCUUCACCCCAUAGAAAACACUUAUUUGGUUUGAGUUUUAACUUGGCAUUCCAGAAGCGUUCAAAAACUGCUUUCAGGUUAUUGAGAUGUUCUUGGAAUGAAUUUCCCAUGAUCAUGACAUCAUCUAAAUAUACCAAACAAGUUCUCCAUAUGAGGCCUCGCAAAACUAGAUACAUCAGUCGCUCAAACGUAGCGGGAGCAUUACGCAAUCCGAAACGCAUUAUGUUAAACUGGUAUAACCCGCUUCCGGUACUGCAUCUUUCUUUGUAACCAAUACUAAUCGAGCAGGCCAUGGACUAUUUGACUCUUCAAUAAUUCCCUCUUGAAGCAUUUUAUCAAUUUGGUUUUCCACUUCCUGUUGUUUAGCCACUGACAUGCGUCGUGGUGGUUGCCUAAUUGAGUGUGCCAAUUGAGUAUCAAUUUUGUGUUGAAUUAAACUGAUCCAUCCGGUUUGAUUAUCCAUCACAAAAAUGUCUGCUUCUUUCAAGAUUAAAUUUUUGGCUUCUUGAAGUCUAUCUGGAUCGAGGUGCUUCCAUGAUAUUCCCAAAGUCUGCAUCAAGGUGCCUGUAUCCAAUUUCGGUUUUACAAAAUGUUGCUUAUCUGAUAGGUCACAGUUCGAUAUUUGCUUAACUGGUUCGAGAGUUCCAAUAACAAAGAGUUUUCGUUGUCUUUCAAAAGCGAUUCCAAUAGCCGCUAUUUGACAACUUUGACAUUUGAGCUGUCAUUUAUCGUUAUCGUUACCGAUAAGUGUCGGGAGCUUACGGAUGGAAGACAAAUUCAAAAUCUCUUUAUUGCAAAUAAUAUGGAGUAUAAACAGUUUUGAGUACAGACCAUAAAUUAAGUGAAACAGUGUCAAAGGGAAAAAGUUUCAAGUUAUAAUGUUGCACUAAAGUAGUCAUUUAGAUUGUAUGGCUCUAGGUCUAUCAACAAUUUUUUCACCUUCCUUUUAAAACUAUUUACUACUGUUUUAAAAUUAUUAGGUAGAUAUUCUUAUGCACAUGUAUGAUAGAUUUUUUUCUGUUACUGUCAGCCUAUAGAUUAGAAACACUAAAUCUAGUGUCCGAGUGUUAUAUGUAGUAUUACAAUAAUUGUUUGUGAUAAAUUGUGACUUAUUUUUAUAAAG